CCCUGAUUUGAUUUGUAGUGAUGGCAAGUGUCUUCUUAUGGAGUUUGCAGCUUAUAAUAAAUCUGGGUUUCUCUCACUCACAAUGCUCACUGUUGAAUGUGGAUCACGAGCAAUUUAGGACCAAAUACGAUACUAAUCAUGUUACAAUACCGAAUGACGGGACGGAUGUGUGGGAAAUUAAUCCUAAAUAUUUGAAGUUUGAGAACAAAGUUGCCUCUGGAUCAUAUGGUGAUCUGUACAAAGGUACAUACUGUAGUCAGGAAGUGGCUAUCAAAAUUCUCAAGCCUGAGCGAGUAAAUUCAGACUUGCAGAAAGAAUUCGCCCAAGAAGUUUACAUUAUGAGGAAAGUUCGACACAAGAAUGUUGUACAAUUUAUCGGUGCAUGCACCAAGCCUCCAAGUUUGUGCAUUGUAACAGAAUUCAUGUACGGAGGAAGUGUCUAUGACUACCUACACAAGCAGAGGGGUGUUUUUAAGCUGCCAAAUUUACUUAAAGUAGCAAUAGAUGUUUCUAAAGGAAUGGAUUACUUGCACCAAAAUAAUAUAAUCCAUAGGGAUUUGAAGGCUGCAAAUCUUCUCAUGGAUGAAAAUGAAGUAGUCAAGGUUGCUGAUUUUGGUGUUGCCAGAGUGAAAGCUCAGACUGGAAUUAUGACUGCGGAAACUGGGACCUAUAGAUGGAUGGCUCCUGAGGUCAUUGAGCACAAGCCGUAUGACCACAAGGCUGACGUAUUUAGUUUUGGGAUCGUGUUAUGGGAGUUGUUAACUGGAAAGAUUCCAUAUGAAUUCUUGACCCCUUUACAAGCAGCUGUUGGAGUGGUUCAGAUGGUAAAAAUCCUUUCCAACAAGCAUUUUUUCCCCUAUUUCAUAUGA